AUAUUGAAUAGCGUCGGUGUAGUCUAAACAAACGGAAUGAUAUAUAUCAUUUUAAGGGCUCUCGGUGCAAUAUGCCGCUUUAGGGAGGCUUUUUUGGGUUGACUAGUCGGUCGCGUCCCCUUUAAGCGGUGUUGGGUGUAGGCUGUGAAACUCUUGAGGACGGCUUUGAGUCAUGGUGAAGGUUUGGUGAGGGCUGGAUGCAGUCGACAUGGUGAAGAAUGUUCCGGAAAGUCAAAAAGCGCCACAGCAGCAGCAGCUCCCAAAGCAGUGAGAUCAGCACCAAGAGCAAAUCCGUGGACUCCAGUUUGGGGGGGCUCUCUAGAUCCAGCACAGUCGCCAGCCUUGAUACAGACUCCACCAAGAGCUCAGGAAACAGCUCGUCUGAAACAUGCGCCGAGUUCCGGGUGAAGUACGUUGGAGCCAUUGAGAAGCUGCAGUUUGACAUGAGCAAGACCCUGCAGGAGCCUCUGGACCUCAUCAACUAUAUUGAUGCCGCCCAGCAAAAUGGAAAACUGCCCUUCGUUCCUGGAGACGAAGAGAGGAUUCUGGGAGUGUCAAAGUACGGAGUCAAGGUGGUCUCGCUGGACCAGUGUGACGUGCUGCACCGCCACCCUCUGUACCUGAUCGUGCGCAUGCUGUGUUACGAUGACGGCCUCGGUGCAGGGAGGAACCUCCUGGCUCUCAAGACCACGGAUGCAAAGCAGGAGGAGUGCAGCAUCUGGGUGUACCAGUGCAGCAGCUCGGAGCAGGCUCAGUCCAUCUGCAAGGUGCUGUCGGCUUCCUUUGACUGCGCUCUGACAUCGGUCAAAUCAUGAGAGCGAAGACAAGAGAAGAGAAAUGAAAUGUGAUGAUGUGAUGUAUGUUAUCCCCUUCCCAUCAGGUGAGACACAACUACUGUGAAUUGCAUCAUUUCCAUUGAAUUUGUAGCUUUACCUCAAAUGACUUUUUACAUGAAGUUAAAAAAAAUGAGCAACAGUGGAAUUUAAAAGAAAAAUGUUUUAAUGCAUUAGAUUACAGUGCGAUGAACAUUAAUCAUAUUUAAAGCAAACAAAAUGGUACAUGAUGUGGUAACCCAUCUCCAGUGUUAGUUCUUGGGGGACAUUCCUCAGAGGAGAAACUACACGGUACACACAUUUCACAGUACGUCAUUUUCCUCAUGUGGAACCUUCUUGGGUUCCAUCAUCCUUGUUUUUUUUCUAAUUUGUCACAAAACGUAUUGGUACAAUAGCAGUCACCUUUUUUUACUCUAAGGUACUUUAUACAAAUAUGCUUCAGCUGUGUGUCUUGUUUUUUUUCAUUUGUGUGAUUUUCUCAUUUCUGAUGACAGUAUGACCUUACAAGUUAUUUAUACAUUACUGUUUGAUACCAAAAGCUUCAUGUGAUUUGUCUGUUUUUGUGUAGUGAUUAAAAUGAUCACUUGCAUACAUGCAUCCUGUUAGGCUGAAGAAACACACAAAUAUUUAGGAGGAAAAACAUGUUUACAAUGGUGGAACCUACCUGACUUCACCUUGAACAAAACUAUGAACCCAUUAGGAGAGAAAAAAACUCUCCUCUAUGUGAUAAUUAUAUAAUUUGAUCAAUCUGCAAUUAGUUGACUCAUUAAAGUUUAAUAGCUUCCAGUGUCUUUACUUUUGAGUGUACCUUUUUUAAAUGCUUAAAUACAGGUAUUGAAAUAGUUUCUUCCCUCAAACAUUUCACAACGUUUUUAUGAAAGCUGGAUGCAAACAGUGAAACAUUGUCCAUCAGAGGGAGCUCUCUGCACAUCGGACUACAAGAAGGUAAAAGGUCACUUCCGUCAACUAGGAUUUUUAAACACAAUUUAGCAAAACCAUCAAUACUUUAUUAAGAGCUCAUAGGAUAACAAAUACAUUCAUAAACAUGUUAAUGCUCUAAAGAAAGACCAAAGCCUUCUAGU